GCCGACGACCUCGCCACGCUCUCCAUCGUGCACUCCUGGGAAUUUAGCGCGAUACAACUUCCUGCGAAGCUCCCUGCUCUACGGAAGUUCACGUUUUGUGGACCUCCUCCUACGUUCCCUGGUGGGUGCGUCCGACUUUGUCCACCGCCACCGCCGUGCUUCCCAGCCUUACGGCACCUACACGUCGUUUGCUCGAACGUCUCCAUCGAGCUCUGGGUUCACCAUUCUCCCUCAAUGACCCACCUCCGUCUCUCUAACCUAAGUUGUGCAUCAAGCACAGUCGUGGACGAGUUAUGGCGCGGUCUCAGUUUCGUGUUCGGAUGCACUAUAGCUCAAACGCAGCGCCCUCUGCUAUUCACCUGCGUCCGCUUUCAACCGUCCACUUUCCAGUACAACACUUCUGUUUGUCAUCUCAAGAAUUUUCAGCCCCAUCCGAGUAUCCGUGUGGAGGUGAUGCGAGAUCGAUGUCGCAGUAAUGGCCAUUGGGAAGCGCGAAUAAGACGUGAUUGGGAUGAGGGUUUGGGGUCAGGCCCGACUUGGUGGAUUGGGAGUGAGGAGCUGGAAGAAGCGGAGGACGAGUCGGACUCCGACUCGGAAGGUGGUGAUCCGGGAGAGCUGCGAGGGUUCGCGCAUUGGAUGUGAGAUUCGUCACUAUGCUCUGUAUCCAAGGCAUCCAGUAAGAGAACACUGAGAAGGUCGUCACAAAUGGCUCCAAUACGGCGGUCUUUUCAACAAAUCACAAUGCCGACUCGCUCAUUAAUCCUCCACUUUCUCCUGUCCUCGGUCUCCAGCUGCGCUGCGCUUCUCAAUCAUACGAUAGAUGACGAGCUCGGCGACGAUACAACGGGCCUUUUGCCCGCGUACUCUCCUCAGGGAGGAUGGAACCAAGGCUCCCAAUGCUUGACAUGCGCUGCGCGUCUGGAUGCCUCCCUGACAUUCGAUAGAACGUGGCAUGAUUCGACAUAUCAUCCAGGUGACCCCGAACGCGUGAUUACCGUGGGGUUCACAGGCGUAGCUGUAUACGUCUACCACAUCGUGCCUAACCAGGCCGGUAGUGAUGUCACCACCUUCACCAAUCUCAGCUUCAUCCUUCACAACGAAUCUGUCGGCCAAUUCGUUCAUGAAGUUGACGAAACUUCAAAUUACGCUUACGCGUACAACGUGCUUGUGUAUGCGAACACCACCCUUCCCGACGCUGAGCACUUUCUCGAUAUCCGUGCCAGCGGGCCGAACUCUUCCCUACUCCUAUUUGAUUACGUCGUGUACACC